AUGCUGGAAGUACCGGGGACACUGGAAGCACCGGGGACGCUGGAAGCACCGGGGAUGCUGGAAGUACUGGGGACACUGGAAGCACCGGGGACGCUGGAAGCACCGGGGAUGCUGGCGGCAUCGUGGAUACUGGGCGCACUGGGGACACCCAGCGUCAGUGUCCCCGUCCUGGACGUCAACGACAACAGCCCCGAGUUCACACAACGGGAGUACGGCGCCCGCCUGAACGAGGACGCGGCGGUGGGCACCAGCGUCCUCACCGUCUCCGCCGUCGACCGCGACGCCAACAGCGUCAUCACCUACCAGAUCUCCAGCGGCAACACCCGCAACCGCUUCUCCAUCACCAGCCAGAGCGGCGGCGGCGCCACCGAUGAGGACACGGGGGAGAACGCCCGCAUCACCUACCUGAUGGAGGACAGCAUCCCCCAGUUCCGCAUCGCCGCUGAGACGGGGGCCGUCACCACCCAGAUGGAGCUGGACUACGAGGACCAGGUGUCCUACACCCUGGCCAUCACGGCGCGUGACAACGGCAUCCCGCAGAAGUCCGACACCACCUACCUGGAGAUCCUGGUGAGCGACGUCAAUGACAACGCGCCCCAGUUCCUCCGCGACUCCUACCAGGGCUCCGUCUACGAGGACGUGCCCGCCUUCACCAGCGUCCUCCAGGUCUCCGCUACCGACCGUGACUCGGGGCUCAAUGGCAGGGUCUUCUACACCUUCCAAGGGGGUGAUGACGGCGACGGCGACUUCAUCAUCGAGUCCACCUCAGGCAUCGUCCGCACCUUGCGCCGCCUCGACCGGGAGAACGUGCCACUCUACACCCUGCGGGCGUUCGCCGUCGAUAAGGGUGUCCCGGCCAAGCGGACGCCGGUGGAGAUUCAAGUGACGGUGCUGGACGUCAACGACAACCCGCCCGUCUUCGAGCGGGAUGAGUUUGACAUCUUCGUGGAUGAGAACAGCCCCAUCGGGCUGGUGGUGGCCCGGAUCACGGCCACCGACCCCGACGAGGGCACCAACGCUCAAAUCAUGUACCAGAUCGUUGAGGCCGGGCCACCGUCCACGUCCGCCUUCGCGACGCCAACGACAACAGCCCCCAACUCAAGAAUUUCGAGAUCCUCUUCAACAACUACAUCACCAACCGCUCGGGCAGGCAACGAGCUCAACCUGGUGCUGUUGGACCCCCGUAGCGGCGACCUGCGCCUCAGCCCCGCUCUGGACAACAACCGCCCGUUGGAGGCCGUCAUGAGGGUCUCCGUCUCGG